CCCAAAGCUAAAAGGAAAGCAAAAAAGAAAAUAUAAUAUUUUUUUAAUUCAGCUCUGUGAAGAAGAAGAAGACGAAAAAGUAGAAGAAGACCUAGCUUCGCCGCCUCUCUUAUCGGCGACUAUUCUUCACCGUUGAAUCUCCGACUACGUUUUGAUCGAUCUUCGUCCUGUGUGGUAUUUGUAUUCGGUGACGAGACUUGGAAGGCGAUCGUUUGAUAAAUCGAAUCGAAUCGAGAGGUUUCGUUACUUUUGGAGAGGUAGAUUUGUGUGGAAAAGCAUCUGAAGGAGUUGAUCUGAGAUCCAAUCUCACAUAAGCGGCGGGUUUGGUGUGUGUGUGUUUUGAGUGGUGAUGAAAAAGUUGGUUGAAUAAGGUGAGGUUACACAUUGAGGAUUACACUGUGGCAUAUAUCAUUAACUUUGUGGAUUCGAGCUAAGCGGAAAAAAGACUUUCUAGUUGUGUUGAAUCUACGUGGAUGGACUGCGAUGAAAGUAUGACAAGCACUGGUAGUUUAGAGCUUAAGGCGACCAUCAAUAACGAUCUUCCUUGGAAAAUGGUGGCUAAAGGUAGUAGGAGUUCCACAAGGCGUACUAAGAAACAAGUUUCACGUUCUCCAGCCCCUGAUGUUGAGGCAGAAGGAGAUACAGGAUCAGAAAAGCUUGGCGUUUCUGUUCUAAGCCAGCAUCUUGCAGAAAGAGUAGACCAUGUUCCGAUAAAGAAACGGAGAUUUAUGGUUCCCGCUCCAUCACCUAUGAAUGUGAGCUCACAACGUCGUGCAGAGUUUAAUCACGCUCUACCUGUUUCACGGUUGAACCCUAAUCUAAUGGCCGGGAAAGCACCUAAAGUCUUUGAUGAUGAUAAACCUGAUUGCGGCAGUCAUGACUUCUCUGGUAUUGAGAUACUUGCAGAGGUUGCUUGCAGUAGUGGUAUGAGUAGCGAAAUUGCAUCCGUAGUUGACAGUCAGCUUGCUGAACCUGUUCGGCAGCAAGAUGCUUUGACCUUAUCUGGUAACGUGGAAGGUAAUGAUUCAUCGGCUGGCACUGUUGAUGUCUCAGGGAAAGAUACUAUGGUUGAGUCCGGUGAAAAGGGUGGAGAAGUGCCUCAAAAAGCCUUGGUUGAUAUUUUGGGUAAAGCUUCGGUUGCUGAUCAGAGUAAAGAGCAUAUUAUGGUGGCAUCGAGUAGUAUGAUAGUGGCUCAGAACAUCAGCGUUGCUGUUUCGAAUGAAUCCUCGACAGAAAGGCCAAAGGAAGAGAUUGAAGCAGGUAAUAGCGGAAAUUUAGCACCUCAGAGUGUCACGGUGUCAGAGAAUAUAUCUGGUGAUGAGUGCACUGGAAAGGGUAAGAAGUCCGAAACCCUCACAAAUGAUAGGUUACACUGGGAUCUAAAUCUUCCAACAGACGCAUGGGGUCAGUCUUGUGAUGUAGUUGAUGAGACAUCCAGAAGAUACUCUGAUGGGGAAGUCACUGAGUCCGUUACAGAGAGAACACAUGUUGAUGGUAGUAAAGACUACGCGACUGGCCUGACCGCAUCAGAUGUGAACAUGGAUUCUCCAUUGUCGGCUGGGCACAAGGCAGAAGCCUCAACUCAAAAUGGGAAGGAGUGUCAAUCCGGUUAUGAUUCCCAGUUUGAGGAUGGAGAGUUGAGGGAACCAUACCCUUGGGAAGAAAACGAGGCUGACAGCGGAGAUGUUGAACAAGUUGAUUAUGGGUCUGAGCCAGAGAAUGAGCGAUUCUACUCUUUGGCAGAGUGUAAUGAGAAUAAGCUUGAGGACGUUGAGAAAGGAGUCGUGGCACAGACAAAGUGUGGAGCUGCGAAGUCUGAAUCUGGCAAUGUGCAUGAAGAAAAUAGUGAUAUAGAGAAACAUGUCGUGGUUUGCAUGAAUGAUUCACAUUCAAAAGGAUCUUCUCCAUCAAGGAGCUUCGGGUCAAAACCAUACAGGGAGCUACCUUCGCGUGAACCCAUCCGAAGUAGAAGGCCUUAUAGUUACGAAGAAAUGAAUGAGAGGGACGCUGGUCCAAAUAGAAGGCCUUAUAGUUACGAAGAGAUGAAUGAGAGGGACGCUGGUCCAAAUAAGUUUGUCGGGAGAGAGAGAACAGAGAUGCGUAUGCAAAACAGGAGUCCUGGGAGAGGACAAUUCUCUAGCCGCUGGGAUUCCGAACAUCGUUUCUCUCCAUCUCACAAACGUGGUCAAUACGGUUUUGGACGUCCACCUCCUAAAACCGUUGAGGAGGGCCGAGUUAGGAUGAGUGGCUUUGAUCAGCCAGGGCCAGACCACCCAGGUCCACAAGGCUAUGUUCGUAGGCAUUUCUCAAAUGGAGGAUACAGGGGUCGGUUCAGAAGGUUCCCAGAUGGCAACGGGAAUCGUGAUUUCAGAGGCGUAGAGUGUUCCUACCCUCCCAAUGAUGCCAACGACUAUCCAAGUCGCAUGCACAACAACCGGAUAAACAGUAGGAGAGAGAGAAGUAACUCCCCUCCCGUCUUCAGGAGAUUGCACGACCCUCAGUCACGGUCCAGGCCCAGAAGUCGCUCCCCAGGUUCAUGGAACGGGCAGAACAGAUCUCCUCCCGGUUUCAGAGCCGAUGACAACAGGAUGGAGAGGGUGAGGUUACCGUUCCAGAAACGUUUUCCGCUCGACCAAGAGAUGGGGUUCAUAUCUCCGCAAAGAAACCAGCGAAACUCGAGGUUUUUCGACAGCAGAAACAACGAUGGUGGUGGGGAGAAUCAUCAUCAUAAUAACAACUUUAGAGGAAGGAAAUCACCGCCAGGAAGGAUGUUUAGACAUGAGCAGAGAUUUGAUAACAUGAGAAGAGUGAACUCGGAGAACAAUAACAGUUUCAGACCAUUUGUGCGGCAAAAUAAUAAUAACAGAAGGUUUGAUGUUGCUGGUGGAAGCCGAGGAGAAGGGUGUAGAUAUGAGAAGAAUGAGAACAUGUAUGAGAUGGUGCACCGGCGUCCUCCGCCUCGGGGUUUGGAGACAAUGGGAGAAGACGGUGGUGGUAACAUCCGACGGUUCAGAUCAGAUGGAGAACAACUAGACACUGUUGUUUCCAACGACAAUAAGAAGAACAACAACAACGAUGCGCCAUUAUCAAAUAAAAUAUGAGACUUUUGGGUUUUGGUAGGUUUUCUUUUUGCAUCUUCUCGUUUUUGACGACACCAGAGUUCUAGUGAUACAAUCUGGUGAUGUUGGUUUCUUUUUCUUCAAGGUUUAGAGUUUGUUUCCCAUUCUACAUUAGGCUUCCUUCCACAAGAGGGCUUCUAGAUUUUUGUUUUUGUAUUUGGUCGCUGCUUCUUGUUUUUCCUUCCUUGGAAAGUGGUUUUCUGGAAGAAGAUAAAAAUGAGAAAAGGGUAAUGUUACUGCAAAGUAUUCAUUGUUUUCUGUUCUGAUUUUUUUGAGCAAUAUAUGUCAGAGCUGUAGCAGCCGUGACAGAGUAAUCGGGUGAGCUUUUGUGGUAAAAGAUCGAAAACUAACAUAAACUGGUGUUGUGACCACAGAUUAGCAGAAUACACCUCAAUUUCUUAACAGAAACGCCAAACUUCGGGAGAGAAUUUUGCUACACAGUUAACAAGUACGAUAGUAAGUCAACAACAAUACAAAGAAUAGGAACUUGAGAAUGCUGCAAGUCACUUGGCUCAAAGGGACACUAGACACUGCCAAACCUUUCAUAAAGUAGAGAGAGAUAACAAAAAUGAAGAUGCAAACCAUGCAACCCCAAUCAGCGAAAACAAAGAAGCCAUGACACUGAGGUUCUUCUGUUUCAUUAGCAACCGUACCAGUCCACGAUAGUGCAUUGAUUUGGUUUACUGUAAUAUCCACUGGUCCAGAACGUACUCAUCUGUUUCCAGUUACUUUGUAUCACAGCAUAUGUUUUGCUUACAAUUCAAAUUGAAAGACAGCUGCAAUUCAGAUAUUAAGAGUUUAUGUAUGAUGAAUACAACUCGCAAUGUGUUGGUAAAUAUUUCAUGGAAAGAAAACAGAGUAUGAAGAGAAAAACAACAGAGCAAUCUCACACCGAAAAGAGAUUCUGAAAUAAACAACAGUUUGUACCAUCAUAACAUAUGCUUAGCUUAGCCGCCAGUUGAACACAAAGUCGUUCCCGAUCAGGUGUUUUCAGUAUCCGUAGCGACAAGACAGCCUGAGCAGCAAUCAAAUCCGCAGAUAUUUCCAUGUUGUUAUCCCAAGAUUCCCUCGUGAAUGGCUAAUAUGACAUGAUACAGAUACCGUUUGACACAAAACCCAAUCCCUUGAGCCGCAUAGCUAGCGCAGCGUUGGGGGAGGAACAUAGUUGGUUCUUUCACCACUAAGGAG